CCCCUGGUAUGUGUAUUUGGGUGUGUGUAGUCCUUAUGAGUCGGGCGGGGUUCAUGAUGCACUGAAAAAGAACUUUUGCUCAACUGGUUUUGUGGACUCUGUCAGUGGGAGUGCCACCCUGUCUGAAUACCUGACCCAUUCUCUCUCUCUCUGUCAGCCUGUCAGUGUGUCUUCAGCUCUCUCCACCUCUACCUACGCCAUCAUGUUUCUGUUUGGAAAAGUCGCCAAAGGCCUCAUCAAUGUCAUCUCGAACAUCGACCCCAAAGAUUUCAUGCCCUCAGACCCUCCUCCACCUCGCAGACCUCUGAAUUUCGCCCAGGCUCACGAGAACGAUGAGGAGAAGCAGUUUCGGAAGGUUUUCCAACAGCUGGCUGGAGAUGACAUGGAAGUGAGCCCCAAUGAGCUGAUGAACAUCCUGAACAAAAUCAUUUCAAAACACGGCGGCCUUCAGACGGACGGUUUCAGCAUCGAGUCCUGCAGGAGCAUGGUGGCCGUCAUGGACAGUGACAGCACAGGUAAACUUGGCUUCCACGAGUUCAAGUACCU